CACAUCAGUACAGUUCAGGUCUCUGAGAGGUGCAGUCGUUUUUAUGUAGAAAAAUGUGGAUAUGAUAAAAAAAGUGUUAAACAUUAUAUAAAUAGACGUUAGUGAUUAAAAUAAUAAACAUUCUUUAUAUAUACUGAUUGUAUCGGUUAAAUAAAACAAUUCAUCGGUUAGUGGCACCUUGAGAGCGGGUUUUUUUUCAAUCGUAGGUUUUUCCUUGUUUUGUGUUUGCAAGAUGAGUUUGAAUUUUUGUUUCUUGCUUUUUUUAGCGAUAUUUACACAGCAUGCGAUAUGCCAGACAUAUUUGACAUCGGAUAUCAUACAAGAGAUAUUCGGCGAUGGAACACAUCCACCUGCAACCCAGGCAGGACAAGUCCCGGCGUUAUCUCCUUACAACAACACGCUACAAGACACCGACUAUUCGGAUACCACGGACAACUAUAAUCCUGCACCGGCUGACUUCGAUAGAUUCGAUUGGACUCUUACUAAGCGUGUUGCUGCAUCAGCAGAUAAUAAUUUCCUUCUAUCACCGCUGGGCUUGAAGCUAGCUUUGGCCAUUUUGACUGAGGCGGCUACCGGAAGUACGCAAGCGGAGCUAGCUUCGGUUCUGGGUUUUGACCUCGACAAGGCUCUAGUGAGGAAGAAAUUUGCUAGCAUAUUGGAUUCGCUGCAGACGAAAUCUUCUAAGUAUAUACUAAAUAUGGGAAGUAGAAUAUACAUUGGUGAAAAUGGUGAACCGCGUCAAAGAUUCGCUGCUAUUGCUGAGAAUUACUAUAAAACUGAGCUGGUCAAGAUUGACUUCACCAAACCAGUUGAGGCGGCCAGUUCUAUCAACUCCUGGGUCGCUAAUACCACACAAGGACGUUUACCAAAUCUAGUUAAUUCAGAUGAUGUAGCAAAUGUAGCGUUGUUGGUACUCACCACGCUGUACUUCAAGGGUACAUGGGUCCAUCAGUUCACUCCCAAUGAGACCACAACUCAUAACUUCUAUGUCACGGCAAAGGACACUAAACCGCUCGAGUUCAUGAACGUUAGAAACAAGUUCUACUUCACGGAGUCUGCGAAGUUCGACGCUAAGAUUCUCAGAAUGCCGUACUUGGGUAAAAAGUUCGCAAUGUACAUCGUGGUGCCUAACACGUUGACUGGUUUGCCGCGAGUCUACAAUAGCUUAAGCGAACUGCGCGCUGAACUGUACCGUUUGCAGCGACAUCUCGUCGACGUCUCCCUGCCGAAGUUCAAAUUCGAUUACACAUCAAUCUUAGACGGCAUACUAAAAGAGUUGGGUAUUCGUCAAGCAUUCGAAGACACCGCGUCCUUCCCCGGCAUCGCGCACGGCCAGCUCGAGCGGAUAAAGGUUUCCAAGGUGUUGCAGUGCUCCGGGAUAGAGGUCAAUGAACUGGGCAGCACGGCUUACUCCGCUACUGAAAUCACUCUAGAAAACAAAUUUGGCGAAGAGGAAUCCUUCUAUGAAUUGGUUGCAAACAGACCGUUCAUGUUCUUCAUACAAGACGAGGAGACCAGGCAAUUGCUGUUCACAGGACGAGUCUCUGACCCAAGCAACGCCGACAGUGCUCUCAAAUUUUAAUAACAAUUCUUACUUCCAUAGCAAUGAAUAGUUAUAGCAUUCAAAUAGACUUUAUCCUCAUAAUAAAAUAAGUAAUGUAAUAUUCCUCAUGUUUGAAACCGAAUCUUAUUUUUUUACCAACAAUAAACUGAUAUUUUUAAAA